AUCUUUACAAUGACACACCCCUUAGCACAUAAUGCUAUCACCCUUAGAAAUCGAACAUCAUCACCAGGAAGAAGUGCGAAAAUCGUCACAGUACAAAGAUGUCCACACAACAGCACGUCGACAAGUUAUCAUCUUACCUGAAGUCCCACAAACUGUCGGAUGGUACACCAGACAAGAGUGGUUCCUCAACAUCACGGAAACAGUUGCUUUCAAGAGGGGCCAGUGGUAGUGCUGGGAAGGCCCAAACAGCCAGUACCAGUAGCCCAGGCAGUGCCAGAAGGCCAAGUGACAGCAGAAACACAACAAAAACCUCCACACUCAGGAUGCACUUAGCCAAGAAACUCUGCAUACAGAACAUGCCAGAUGAAAUUUUACUGAGGGUCUUCAGCUUCCUGAAUGCAGGUGCCCUCCUCCUGGCCGCCACAGUGUGUAAAAAGUGGUACAGUCUUGCACAUGACAACUACCUCUGGCGGUUACAGUACAGAAUACAUGUAGAACUGGGUGGUCUGGACAAGCUGGAGAAGAAAGCGCCCCAUGUCCCACCAGAAGGAGAUCUUGCCCCAGGGUACUGGCAGAAACAGGCAAUCUCACGUCUUGUUGCAGCGAGAAACAACAGAAUCCCAAAGAUCCUGAAGUCCAGGGAUUGUGGGACCUGCAUGCCUGUCCAUCUGCAGCAGGGAGUAACGGCCCUUGGUGUGAAAUGGUUUGUAUGUUUAGUGGAGGGUAACAACAUAAAGGAGCACAACUUUCCAGCCAAUGAUGCCAUCUACAGUAAAUUCUCCUACUCUCUGCGCUGGUAUGACCUGAGCUUCCCACCAAUCAGAAGCAUCCGCUACAUCAGGUUGUACGGGGUCACGCCCGUCUUCUAUGGCAGAGAUGGUCUGCCUAUCAAAAAUGGGCCCCGUACCCGGUCCCUGAUGCAGACUAUAGAGCUGAGUUGGAGCAAGUUGCGGGACAGAACACCAGAUGUGCAGGACAGUCUCGUCAAUGUCUACUUCAUGGAGGAGGGCUUCUUUGUUGCAGUGUGGAAGGAUGGAGGUGAGCUUGCCUUCAUCAACUGUGCUGUCCACAACCACCACCUGCUGCAGCGGAGCGUCCUGGGCAGCAGCACCACCUGUUUCCCUCACCUGGUGCCCAGCCACCUGAAAGACGACAUCUCCAGGGACCCUGUAAAUGACCUGGCCAGCUUCGAGGCCUUCACAAAUUGGAGGGCUGCAGAGACGGAGUUCUACCUCCGAUGGAAGACUGAUCUGUUCAAGGGUGAAUUCAAGGAUGUUUUCAUCGUAGAUGCGGUACUGUUGGAUGACUUUCGGAAAGUAUUCUGGUCAAUUAGUGCACCAUCUAAACUGGUACCAAUGGCGUUGAGUGAAGCAAGGGCACUGGUACAAAAUGGGCAGAUUUGGGGUGGAACGAAUCUUCCCUUCGUAUUCAGACCACCGAAAGAUCCGAGAUCAUUUGAAGCUGGGCAGAACUGUUGGUGUUUCGAAGCCAGCAACAGUCUUGGCAAGAUCACAGGCAAGGUCGUCUGGGAUGAGGAGAGGGAGAGGUACCAGGUGUUCCAGGUGUACUUCCACAUCACCACCAAACUUAUUAACUCUCAUUAACCAAACUCAUUAACCAACAACAAGUUAACUUGUCUGUUGUUGUGUUAGGAUGAGGAGAGGGAGAGGUACCAGGUGUUCCAGGUGUACUUCCACAUCACCACCAAACUGAUCAACAAAGUCUUUGGAACAAACUACUGAUGAACAAGUCAGGGACAAUGCAGUGGUGGUGGUGUGAACAUGAGUGUGCAAAAAAGUCAUAGCUGGCUGGUGUAUGAUGUAUUGAAGACUUCAAGCUAGGUUGGGUAUGAUCACAACUGAAUCCAAGGGCUUGUUUAUAAUUGACACUAUAUGAUGUACUUAAAAAAACAGUAAUGAACAUUGCAAUACAUACCAGAAAGUAAAAAAAAAAUUAUUUUUGAGGUUCUGAUAUAGCAAAUAUAAAAUGUAUGCUGCAAGAUGAAUUACUUAGUACAGCAGAAUCCAGUUAAUUGCACACCGGAUAAUUGCACACUUCUGUUAAUUUAACGAAAUCCCCAAAUCCCAUGGUGGUGCGGUCCAGCUUAAUAACUUUGCUUUGUUGCACCAUUUGGAUAAUUGCACAAAAUACACUGGCAGAUGGGGUGUGCAAUUAAGCGGCUUCCACUGUGCCCUUUCAGGUUUCUUAUUUUCUCAAACAGAUUUUGGUUAAGCUGUGCAAUACUUCUAUCACUUCUUACAUUCCAUUUGCUACUUAGUUUUUAACAUAUCAUGGAGGCACUGUAUGUUGAUAGCCAUGUAGUCUCAAAACUUCAACCAAGAUAUGGUGUUUUUUCCAAAUCAGACCUUCUCUUGUAUCUGAUACUGGCCUCUAAUGAUUCUCAACAUUUUGUUUUUCUAUCAUGGUUUUGUCAGCCAUACGCAAU